AUGUCGGAGGGGGACGCGAUAUCUGGGUGCAUCCGCCGCCUCCGCAGAGAGAAGGUCACGCCGCACCUUCGAGCCGACGACCGCGGCUCCGAUGGCAUCACCCUCAUGGACGCGCUGUAUCCCCCGACAGGCGGGCCGUCGCUACUGGACGAGCAGCAGCUGCUGUACGUGAUCGUGCAGGUGGUGUACACUCUGGAGUGUCUGGUUCGAGUGGGGAUCAUGCACCUCAACGCGCGCCUCGACCGCAUCGUCCUCGUCCGCGAAGAGAAGAACCCCGGACGAGCCCGCAGCUAUCAUUUCGUCGACAGGUCCGGAGUGGCGCGCACGCUGCACGUUCCCUUCUACGGUUGGGUGCCGAUCCUGACCGGGUUCGUCGACUCCGUCAAGCACGGCUUCGACGCCCUGGCGAUAGCGGGCGCCAUCGUUCCCAUAGACACCGGGUUCCGCGCAGGGUCCGAGAAGCCCAGCGGGGUGCGUCCGAGCCGCCGCUUCUUGCUCCGAUGGUUCGACGCCAACAUGGACGCGUACGUGGACUCGCAGAAGUUCCUGCUGGAGCUCCUCACGGCGAGGAGGAGCGGAGAGGAUUGGGACUCGGCUCCAAGCGGUCGUCCGUUCGGGAAGGGCCUGCUGGGCCUGCUCUCGACGUGGACGCGGAAAGACUACUUCAGGCGAGAGCGCUUCACGCUGAGGUCCGCCGUGAACGCCGUCCGUCUGCUGGUGGCGGCCAAGAGCGUGGGGGCGAGGGCGGCCGAGCAGGCGGACGCGGUCUACCCGACCGUCUUCCCGGACAACCUCCCCUUCCGAGUCCUCAAGGAACUGGACGCAGGAGAGGCAGCCCGGGGCGCGUUGGUCCCGCGCUGCGAGCACAUGGAUCUGCGCGAGGAGGGGGCGUCCGACAACUGCACGAUACUCGCUGCGUGCGCCGAUGGAGGCGCACUCGCGCGAAGGGAGGGAGCGGAAGUCGUGGAGCGCUACGACAUGAGCAGGCUGCACGCGAAGCACUCUAUGGUGCCUCGUCCCGCGUCCGCCGCCAGGACGGCGUUGGCCUUUCGACGUCCGUCCGACCCGUUCGCCAUCGCCCCGGCGCUCCGGCGGCACGCGGAGUCGAUGAAGAGCGCGCCGUCGCCGGCUCCGUACGGUGCCGUCGCUCUGCCGUACCGCUUCGAGAGCUCUCUGGCGGUGACGCGCUCUCCUCGGUACGCGGCGAUCUUCGCGCCCCUGGAGCAGACCACGUCCGAACCGCUCCGGCCUCGAGCCUCAGGGACGAGCCAGGCGAACAAGCCGCUGCCGGCGCCAGGGAUCCCGGACUUUGCGAUCUUGAGCUUCGCGUUGACGGGCAGGUGCUGCCAACAGAAUUCUGUGCCGAUGCAGACGGUCCGCGUGCAAGGCGAACCGUCCGCCUUGCUGCCGCCGCACCUCGAGCACACCAGACGGCACGAGUACUUGGGGGUCCCGAUGGGUGAUUCGAACGAGAAACGCGGCAUGACUCGACAUACGAACAUGCAAGAUUUUACGACCGGACCCUACAUCGAAUGCUCCGGGUUCAAAAGGCGCCGCAGGGAAUCCGUCGUCACCUCAUUUCCAACAUGA